CUGAAUCCUUUUAUUUUUAUUUAACGGAAAACAUCUUUCUCCAUUAUAAUAAAAGUACAUAUUCUUGGCAGCCAUGAAAGUCCCACCAAAGAAACCUCACUUUUUCAAACCCAUUCUACCAGGUUUCAAGAAUGGCCUUAAAAUUCCUAUAGGAUUCUUCAAGUAUCUGAAGGGACACGAUCAGUAUAAACAUGCAAUACUGAGAAGGGCUGGUAAAAAGUGGUUGGUGAAAGUGAAUGGCCAGCGAUUGGAAGAUGGUAAUUGGAAAGAGUUUGUAGAACAGCAUGAUUUGCAAUUGGGAGAUAUUUUAGUGUUCAAACAUGAAGGAGACAUGGAAUUUAAGGUUUCUAUCUUCCAUUCGAGUCAUUGUGAAAGAGAAUAUGCAGAGCAUCUUCAAGAGGAAAAGGACGAGGACAAGGAAGCUGUUACUCAUGACAAGUCUUUUGGUCAAUCUCACUGUGAAUGCAUUAUUCGACAAUAUUCCCUUUUACGAGGUUUUAUGUGUUUGCCUCAACAAUUUAUAAAGAUGAAUGGUCUCACCAACAAGAAGUGUGGGUUGAUUGUAAGAGAUGAAAGACAAAGGUCGUGGAAUUUAAAGCUAAGUUCCAACAAUACUCGAGCCUAUAUUGGAGAUGGAUGGUGUAAAUUCAUUGCUGAAAAUUGUUUAAAGGAGGGAGACCGUAUAAUCUUUGAGAUUGUUCCUAAUGGAGAGACACCAAUAUGGAAAUUUCAAGUUAUUACUGAUGGAGAACCACCAGUGAGGAAGUUUCAAGAAAAACCGAGCCCCAACAUCGAGUUGUCAAAUAAGACUUCUUCCCGUGUAGAAGUUGCUACUCAUGACAAGCCUUUUGUUCAAUCUCAUUUUGAAUGCACCAUUAGACCAUAUUGCCUUUCAAGAAGAUUCAUGUUUCUGCCUCAACAAUUUGCAAUUGCAAAUGGUCUCACCAACAAAAAGUGCAUGUUGAUUCUAACAGAUGAAAGACAAAGGUCCUGGAAUUUAAAGCUAAGUUCCAACAAUACUCGAGCCUAUAUUAUUGGAGAUGGAUGGCGCAAAUUCAUUGCUGAAAAUUGUUUAAAGGAGGGAGACUGUAUAAUGUUUGAGAUUGUUACUAAUGGAAAGACACCAAUAUGGAAAUUUCGCGUCGUUACUGAUGGAGAAACAGCAGUGAGGAUGUCUCAAGAAAAACCGAGCCCCAGCAUCGAGUUGUCAAAUAAGGCUUCUUCCCAUGCAGAAGCUGCUACUAACACGCCUUUUGUUCAAUCUCAUUUUGAAUGCAGUAUUACACCAUAUUGGCUUUCAAGAGAUCUGCAUCUCCCUAAACAAUUUGUAUUCGCAAACGGUCUCAUCGACAAGAAGUGUGAUUUGAUUAUAAGAGAUGAAAGACAAAGGUCAUGGAGUUUAAAGCUCCGUUAUUGGAGAACUGAAAUCUAUAUUAGAAACGGAUCAUGGCGUAAAUUCAGUGCUGAUAAUAGCUUAAAAGAGGGAGAUCGUAUUAAGUUUGAGGUUGUUAGUAAUGGAGACACACCAAUAUGGAAAUAUCAAGUAGCUGAUGCAGAAACUCCAUUGCAGAAGUUUCAAGACAUUAUGAAAAAGCCCUCAGACAUGAAUCCUCUCAAUGCACAAGUAUCUACUUCAACUCCUGGUGAUGAUGAUCAUCCUUAUUUUGUUUCCACAAUUAAACCUUAUUGCUUCAGCAAGCCAGUUCUGGUAAGUUAUUUAAACUGUUUUUAUUGGGUAUGGCUGUAUCUUCCACUGGAUUUUGCAAAGUCAAAUGGAUUGAUAGAUAGAAAGUGUGAGAUGAUUCUGAAAGAUGAAGCACAGAGAUGCUGGUCAGUGUGGCUUGGGAGACUUUCACAUCAUUUUGGAAUUAUAAGUGGAUGGACAAAAUUCAGAGUAGCAAAUGGACUCCAAGUAGGAGAUUCUUACAAGUUUGAACUCAUCAAGAAUGGGGAAAUACCUAUAGCACACUUCCAUUGCAAAUAUUCUGGAAUGGUUGCAAAGAGAGGGGAAAGUUGAAGCAACUUGGCUGUUUUUUUAAAGUUUGGUUGAUCCAAUAUAUGGUGUACAAUCUCAAAAACUAUGUAUGAUGUUUUCUUCUACAAAUAUUUAUGUAAU